AUGAAUCGUCUGUUCGGCACGAAGAGUGCGGCUCCCAAGCCCACUCUGGAUGGUGCAAUCACCAAGGUCGACGGCCGCAUCUCCAGCCUCGACGUCAAACUCGCCGCUCUCAACUCCGAACUCUCAACCUACCAAGCCAAGCUCUCCAAGAUGCGCGACGGGCCCGGCAAAAAUGCCCUGCGCCAGAAAGCUCUGAAAGUGCUCCAACGGCGGAAACAGUACGAGGCACAGCGCGACCAGCUCUCCCAGCAGUCGUGGAACAUGGAGCAGGCCGGCAUGAUGCAGGACAACCUGAAGAACGUGAUGACGACGGUGGACGCAAUGAAGACAACGACGAAGGAGCUCAAGAAGCAGUAUGGCAAGGUCGAUAUCGACAAGAUCGAGCAGAUGCAAGAUGAGAUGGCCGAUUUAAUGGAGGUGGGCAAUGAGAUCCAGGAGAGUAUUUCGCGGGCCUACGAUGUGCCCGAGGAGGUUGAUGAGGCGGAUUUGGAUGCGGAGUUGGAGGCUUUAGGUGAAGAGUCUAUGUUUGAGACUGGUAUGGGCGAGGAGGCUGUUCCGAGCUUCUUGCAGGACGAGGUCGCGCCGCCGCAGUUCAUUGAUGAACCACCGGAGCAGCAGCAGGUAAAAGAGCCUGCCGGUGGCCUCGGCUAA